UAGCUCGUCAAAACGUUCGGGAAAACCAAAUCGCCCAGUGUUAAACGACAAAUAACUGCAGUGGCUUGAUGUAUCUCAUGUACGUACCGGUGGAAAGGACGUUUUUAUGGGUGUUGUGGAUCGCCGCUUCUUCCGUUAUGUGUCAGUCCGGUGAUGAAGCAGUGUUGACUACGCCAAAUAACCGCUCCAUACCCUUACAUAUCGGUGGUAUUUUCCCGAUGGAAGGAGCUUGGGCAGGAGGAGUUGGAUGUUUACCAGCUGCGCGGAUGGCAUUUCGGCACAUCAACGACGAAACCAAUCUUUUACCGGGCUAUAACCUUACGUUACAUAACUUCGACAGUAAGUGUAAACCUGGCCGUGGAACCAAUGCUUUAUAUAAAUUACUUUACCAAGAACCCAAGAAAAUUUUACUGCUUGGUGCAGGGUGUAGUACUGUGUCCACCCGUGUUGCUGAAGCGGCUCGUAUGUGGAAUCUAAUCGUGCUUUCAUAUGGUUCCAGUUCACCAGCACUCUCCAAUAGAGACCGGUUUCCGACAUUUUUUCGUACCCACCCGUCGGCUACAGUACAUAAUCCAACCAGAGUGCGUUUGUUCAAAGACUGGGAGUGGACUCAAAUAGCAACGAUACAAGAAACACAAGAAGUCUUUACAUCGACAAUUGAAGAUCUCGAGAAACGUGUCAAGACAGCCGGGAUUGAGAUUGCGAUGCGUCAGAGUUUUUUAACAAAUCCAGCAAAUGCAGUUAGGAAUUUAAAGAGACAGGAUGCACGGAUUAUAGUUGGUGUUUUCUAUGAGAAUAUGGCGAGAAGAGUUUUUUGUGAGGUUUACAAAGAGAAGCUGUAUGGACCAAAGUAUGUCUGGUUCAUCAUUGGUUGGUACCCGGAUAACUGGUACACAGUUCAAGAUGAUAAAAUCAACUGUACAGCUGAACAGUUGAAAGAAGCAUUGGAGGGACAUCUCACAACAGAAGUGAUGAUGUUGAAUCCUGACGACUCGCCUACUAUAUCAGGGAGAACAUCUCAACAGUUCUUAAAAGAAUUCAAAACAAAGAUUCCUGAUCCAAAUGUAUCUGGUUAUCCUGAGGCUCCUCUGGCGUAUGAUGCUGUCUGGUCCCUGGCUCUUGCUCUCGACAAAACUAUGAAACGUCUUGCUAAAAAAGGAAUGAAACUUGAAGAUUAUAAUUAUGACGAGACAAUAGCAGCCGAGAUCUAUAAAGCAAUGAAUGAAACAGAUUUUUUUGGAGUUUCGGGUCCGGUCGCAUUCUCGGCUACUGGAGACAGAUUAGCGUGGACGCAGAUUGAACAAAUGAUUAAUGGCACAUAUCAUAAAGUAGGUUUUUAUGGUAGUCGAAGUGAUAACUUAACAUGGGUCAGACCUGUCAAAUGGAUAGGUGGAAGUCCCCCUGCUGAUCAGACACUAGUGAAAGAACAAUUAAACGUCAUUUCUAUGAAUUUGUACGCCGCCAUGUGUGCUCUAGCAUCCUUGGCUAUUAUUGCAGCCGUGGCCUCCCUUACUUUUAAUAUAUGGUUUAGAAAAACAAGGUACAUUCAGCUGUCUCACCCAAGUCUUAAUAAUCUCAUCAUUGUUGGCUGUAUAGUGUGUCUUAGUUGUGUCUUUUUAUUGGGUCUUGAUGGCAAGUUUGUAUCUCCUGAUGUUUAUCCAGUCAUUUGCCAGCUAAAUGCAUGGGUGUUAUGCAUUGGAUUUAGUUUAGCGUAUGGUGCUAUGUUCAGCAAAGUAUGGCGAGUACACAGGCUCAGCACCAAUGAAAAAGCAUCCGAGAGUGAUGACAAAAAGAGAAGAACAGAUUCCAAAAAAAAUACAAAAAAGGAAGUUGAAGAUUGGCAUUUGUAUAUAGUUGUAGUUAUUUUUAUACUGGUAGACGUGGUCAUCUGCUCUGUGUGGACUGUUCUUGAUCCGCAGUAUAGGUCAAUCCAGGAGCUACAGAAAAUAGAACCAGUCGGGAAAGAAGACGUGGAAAUUUUACCUCUCUUAGAAUACUGUGAUUCACGUCAAAGUGCUGUCUGGUUAGGUGUGAUAUUUGGUGCUAAGGGUCUUCUACUUAUAUUUGGUCUCUUCCUUGCUUACGAAACACGUAACAUGUCGGUGAAGGAACUCAACGAUUCUAGAUUUGUUGGUAUGAGUAUUUAUAAUGUAGUGGUGUUAUGUAUCAUAACAGCUCCAGUCACGUUGAUAAUACGGACACAGCAGAACGCAACAUUUGCCUUUGUAUCAUUAGCUAUAAUCUUCUGCUGUGUUGUUACACUAGUACUUAUAUUCAUUCCUAAGGUUGUAGAAAUUAAGCGUAAUCCUCGUGGGUGCGACAAUAGUACGCUGACCGGUGCCGCGAUGCCAACCAAGGAAGACGAGGAGCGGCAGCAGAGGUUAGCAACUGAAAAUGAAGAUAUUAAAAAACAAAUAGCAGAGCGGGAAGGACGAAUAAGAGAACUGAACAACCUUUUAUCAACAAGAAUGCAGAACAAACCGAGCAGUUCGUUACAUCUCCGAGCUCCGUCACCUGAACGCUCACGCCAUAGUCUGGGAGCGACGCUAACCCCACCAGUAGACGUAGUGGAGGACAGCGCUAUUGUCGUCACCUCAACAUCAAUUUCAGUGCCUGUCACGAUUAAUAGAAGUUAUCGUAACUCGGCGGGUUCUGACGAGGAGUUUUCCGAGUCCUAUAUAUAGAUGCAAAGAAGAGGCACAACGAACACAAACAAUGUAUCAAAAGAAGUUAGACAAAAAUAUAAUAGUGUAAUACAAGAAUCUAACUUAUAGCCCAAACUUUUAUUAUUUAUAUCAAAAUAUUUUAAUAUUAUUUUAUAUACUCAUUUAACUUUUUAGAAAAGUAAGUAUAUGAAUAUGUUAGUAUGAUUUUUUUCCUAAGAAAAUGAAA